CCCUACCUGCGCUGUCAUUUGUGGCCACGGCUGUCAAUCACCAGGUCCUGGCCAGUGAUUCCCCCCGGCGGCGCAGUGAAUACCGAGCAUCUCCGAUGGGGAGUAGGACUGCUUUGUUUACUAAAAGUCCUUCUCUCUGUUGGAUCGGGCACACUGCUCUGGAUGGCUAGCAGUGUGAUUACAGUGAAGCCCCCACACACCACCCCCUUUGUAAAACACUCCCUGCACACAGUUAACCCUUUGAUCACCCCUCAUGUUAACCCCUUCCUGCCCAGUGCCAUUAGUAUAGUGUCAGUGUUUUUUUUUUUAGCACUGAUCACUCUAUUGGUGUCACUGGGGAUGUCAGUGAAAUCAAGUCAGUUCCCCCCGGUGUCAGAAUGCCCGCUGCAAUUC